GCGCGCCGCCCGAGCGCGACAUGAGCGUGUUCCCGCCGCCGCCGCGCGACGACGUCCGCGCCGCGCACGUCAUCGAGAUCGUGGAGCCCGACCCCGCCGCCUGCGAGGCGCCCGCGCUGCCGCCCGACGCCGAGCUGUGCAGCUACCGCCUGCUCAGUGACAACCUGCGCGCCUACAGCCCCGACAAGGGCAAGCUGGCGCGCUACGACGUGUGCGCCACCAUCUCGCCGCCGCGCGCGCGCAUCCUGGAGCUGCUGCGGCCGGACGACCCGGGCCGGGACGCGCUCGAAGCCAUCGUGCGGCCCGCGCCGCGCCGCCUCUCGCGCCCGCUCGACGAUGACACCCGGCGCUUCCUGCAACGUGCCCUCCAGGUCCCCAGCCCGCUCUACUCCAUGAGUACCAAUUCGGAAUCCCAUCACAGGCCACCAGACUCUGAAACUGACCCGGAGCCAGCUGAAGUCGCCGAGGAAACUAGUCACAAGGACAAGAGCAUGAGCAGUGCGGAGCGCUCGCUGGCGGACGAGUUGAGGGAGGCGGAGGAGGAGCAGCGCGUGCAGGAGGACGAGUGUGGGGGCCGCGAGGUGAUGAGCGAGAUGCGGCGGCGCGGCGCCGGGCGGGACGCGGUGGAGCGCGAGCGGCUGGGCCGCCUGGCGCUGGCCGUGGAGGACGACGAGCAGGACGAGUGCCCGCUGUCGGCCACGGCGCGGCGCCUGGACGCGCUGCUGGCGCAGUCCCGCGACCUGCACCACGAGCUGCUGGAGAUCCACGAGGACCUGCAGUCGUCAUCUGUGCGCGCGCGCCGCUGCACGCUGGCGGCGCGCGAGCUGGGCGCGCAGGCGCGGGCGCUGCGCUACCUGGACGACGUGGUGGCGCUGCUGCGCGGGGACCUGGCUGCGGCUGCGCGUGCACAAGCCUGGCCCUUCGCCAUCGGGCGGCGAGACCCCGGCAGGAACUAUGUUAUAUGAUCUCAGGGUAAGAGAUAUCGGCGACUCUCGACCCCGGCGCGGUCCUCGUGCACCCGGCGCAGAUACCGAGCGUGACUGUGGCACAUUUCUGUUUGUGUCACGUUCACCACCUUAACUGCUGUACGAAUAUUGAACGAAUUUGAAAUUGAGAUAGAUUGGCUAUUUGGGUGAAAUAGUGCAGAUUGCUAUUGUAGAAAUCGUAGAAGCGUUAUUCGUUGUUAUUUGUCUAUGUUUGACUAGUUUCGGCUUUCAUUUAAUAAUUUACCUUUCUCUUAAAAUUGUAAGUUUACACUUCAAUAUAUAAUUUAAAAGUCUUUAUUUAAGGUCGAAAAUUGAUCGAUAUUAGUUGUCCUUGAACUGUGAAGGUGACAUGACAUGUCAUUAUUAAGUAACUGGAACUAGUUAUAAUUAUACACCAUGGAUCAAUACACAACACUAUUCAUAUCAUUUGAUAGUAGAUUGUAGUAAUUGUUGUGUUUUACAAUGUAAGUCACAGACUCAGGUAAUAAUUUUUAGAUAUAAUCUAAUGUAAAUAAAAUGAGUACUUGUGAGCUUAACAUAAAACAAUGCAAAUAUUUUAAGCCAAAAUAUAAUUGUUAUCGUUAUUUAAAGUGAGAAUGUGCGCGGUCAUAUUUGGAGUAAAUAUAAAAAACAUCAAUUUUCUUAGCAGCAAAAAACCUACAGUCAAAUUGAGAACUUCUGUUUUUUAAGUCUAUUACGGAAACCGGUAUGAUCCUAACCAAUACCAACUUUGAAUCAGGUGAUGGUUAAGUCUUUUAAGGAUAUGUCUUCCUGCAUGAAUAUCAGCAUGUGCUGAUUCCAUGACAUGCCCAUGAUAGAGAAUCGUGGAAGAGUUUAGGGGAAACCUUUACUCAAAAGGGGGACAUAGAGGACUAGAUAGAAAAAAUCCUGAUAGAAAGUUGAUAACCAAAAGCAAUACGCCAAAUAAGUCCGCGUUUCCUCACCUUUUAAAAAUUAAUACAAAUUUUAUCUUCUGGACUUUAAACUAUAAUUAAGUACAUUAACAUUCGUACAGUUGAAAACAAAUGGCAAUCAUAAUAAAAUAUUACAUUAUUUUUUUCUUUUUUGUUAGAAAAAUAUGAAUGUUAAUUUUAUUGUUUGACUCAAUUUGAUAAAACUGUCUUUUUAAUUGUUAUUUAUUAUGUUUAGGUUGUAAUCUUGAUAUUGUAUGCUAAUGUUAUGCUUGGGAGUCGAAAUAUUUAAAUCUAACGGUUAUUUAAAAACUGUUGUAGGUAAUUUAACUGGCUAGUUAAAUCUCUCAGACUGAAUCGUGUGGUUAGUGAUUGUACUAAGUUUAGGUAGAGUUAAUUUACUUUAAUUCUCACUUGAUAUUACUUAUGAAAGUAUUUUGGUCAAUUGUAAAAAAUAGGGAUCAAAUAUCUUUUUAACUUUAACUUUUCCUUUCUGGGUCAUUUUCAUUUAUAAGAAUCCUAAAGGGUAAAAUUGGGGUGUGUUUGUAAAACAUAGUAUAGAUGAUAAAUGGAUCUUAAGAACUAAACAGUGCGCUAUGUCUUGUCAAUUUUGAUAUACAGAAAAAACAUACAUGUGUAUCUAGUAAUUAAUUAAUUAUCAAUUAUUAAAGAAAGCUACUAUAAUGAGUUAAAUACUUAGUUCACACUAGAAGAAAACAGUACAUAAUUAAUUAAUAGUUAGUUCACACUAAAUUACAAUAUUAAUUAGCACUGUUGUUUCGGUGAUAUAAAAAACCUGAUAUAGGAAUUCUGUACUGCAAUAUUUACUUUAAAAAUGCCGUCGAACUAACUGUAGUGUUACUGUAUUUGUUAACAAAUAAAAUAUAAUUAACUUUUUUUGUAAAUACGUAUACGUUAGCUAGUCUGUUUUUUGUUACUAGAAACUCGUUUCGAACCUCAUCUAGAAGCCACAACGAGGUUGUUACUCCAAUAUGUAAUUGAACUACAAUGAUUCAUCAUAAAGUUUUAUGCAAUGUUAUAUGUUGUAUGGAUCUGUCACUAAUAAAUAUACACAGUGUUUUACAA